AUACACCCCCUAAAUACUACUUCAUCACCACCCUCCACAUUCUCCAUCACAACACUUCACAACACCACAACUACUUCAUCCUUCUCUCUAAACAAUGGCUAUUAAGAAAUACUCUAACAAACUUCCUCAACAUGCAGUUUUGAAACAAAUCCUCAAAAGAUGUUCAAGCCUAGGGAAGAAAAACGAGUACGACGAUAAUGAAUACCCCAUUGAUGUACCAAAAGGUCAUUUCCCUGUUUACGUUGGUGAAAACCGUAGUAGAUAUAUUGUUCCAAUCUCUUUCUUAACUCACCCCGAGUUUCAAUCUCUUCUUCGUCAAGCUGAAGAAGAAUUUGGAUUCGACCAUGAUAUGGGUCUUACCAUUCCUUGUCAAGAAGUUGUUUUUCAGUCACUAACAUCCAUGAUAAGAUGAAGAACAAGAACAAAAUGUUUGAUAUAUAUGGUUAUGAUAAUUUGGAGAAGGUCGAUCGAUCCAUGAGAUCACCAAAGAUGAAGAAAUUCUCUUUUUUUAAUCUCCAUUUUUUCAUACCCAUUUGGGUGGCUUCUCAUUCUUUUUUAAUUUUUGGGAGUGAUGUUUCAUUUUCAACAACCUAUUUAUUUUUGGUGGUUUUUUAUUUUUAUUUUUAAUGUUGUUACUAUGUAACACUGACUUUUUACCUGUGAUUAUUUCAUGGGUUGAAAAUUGUAAAAAGGUUUCUUCCUUACAGAGGUUCUGUGUAGUGGGUACCCUGUGAGAGAUGUUUGUUGAAUGUGAAUCAAGGAAAUUAAGGUUC